AUGGACAAAGAAAAUGACUACAAUCGACUACUACAGUCAUCAAAUUCGAAAUCGAAUCUACGGUCACCUAAUUACAACAUUCAAAAAGGUGUAUUAAUCCCACAGAAAAACCACAAUCACUCAACGUCUCAACAAGUCUCAUAUACUCGUAAAUCAGCUCAACAAAAUAAGAUGAGAAAACUAUCAUCAUUGACGACUCAGUUCAGAUCACCAGAAUCAUCAAUUACUCCAUCAGAAACAUAUUCAUUAAGACAAAUUUAUAAUGAGAAAGUAAAUGACUUGGAUCAAAUUUCUACUAAUCUCAUCACCGCAAAAAAUCAAGUAGAAUCUCAAAUACUAAAUAAUUUCAAUAUUGAGAGCAAGUUUCAAUAUAUCAAACAAAACUUGGAUCAACUAAAUUUGAAUUUCAAAGACUUAGAGAGUUUUGAAAAAGAUUCAUUGAAUAAUUUGAACAAAAAAUUUGAGAUUAGCAAUCAAGAAAUGAUAAUAAAUCAUCAGAAAUGUUUAAAUGCGAAAAAGGAAGAAAUUACCAAUGAUAUCGACAAUAUCUUGAAGGAAAAAGAAACAAUUUAUUUGAAUCAAAUCAAGGACAAAGAACAAGAAGUGGAAGUAUUAAAAAAUAAAUUGCUUCAGUUAGAAAAUGCUAAACAACAGGAAAUUAAAGUGAUAGUUAAAGAACAUGAGGAGAAUUUCAAUAAUCGAGAAGUCGAAAUCAAUCAAAAUAUAUACAAGAGAAAAGAAGAAUUUGCAAUUUUGAGUGAAUCAAUUCAGGAUAUUGCUACAAAAUUAAAGUCAUUACAAGAUGUCGAAAAUCCUAAAAGAAUAAAAGAACUAUCAAGAUUUAAUUCAACUAUGAAUCAAUUAGUAUUAAAGAAUUCAACCAAACAAAAAGACGUAAAUAAAUUGUUGAAUGAAACAAGUCAUAGACAGCAGCAGAUAUCCAAAUUGGACCAAGAAACAUACAACAGGAAAGAAGAGUUAGAAAGAAUGAAGGUUGAAAUUUCACAAAUGAAAGUUAAAUUAAUUUAUCAAGAAUCCACCAGAAGGAAACUACAUUCAAAAUUACAAGAUUUGAAAGGUAACAUCAGAGUGUAUUGUCGUAUUAGAUCAGUUUCAAAUAAAGAUGAUCUUUUCGAUUUUGAAUUAAAUGAAGACAAUCUAAAUUAUGAUGCAAAAGAAGAGUUGAUAAUAAACAAGUCAGUCAACAAUGGAGGUAUAUCUAAUUCUAAAAGUCAAUUUAAAUUUCAAUUUGAUAAAAUUUUCUCAAUGACUCAAUCCAAUGAAGUUAUAUUUGAAGAAUAUUCACAAUUGAUUCAAAGCUGUAUAGAUGGAUUGAAUGUUUGUGUAUUUGCAUAUGGUCAGACUGGUUCUGGUAAAACUUUCACAAUGUCUCACGAAAGAAAUGGUAUGAUCCCAUUAUCAUUAUAUAAAAUAUUUGAUUACAUUGAGGAGUUGAAAAAACAAGAUCCAAAUUGGACAUAUUCAAUUAAUGGUAAAUUUUUAGAAAUCUACAAUGAAAAUAUAAAGGAUUUAUUGAAUCUUAACUCAAAUUUGAAAUACGAAAUCAAACAUGAUGAUGUAGCCCAAAAAACAACAAUAAGUAAUAUUACAACAACUGAUAUCACAUCAAUAGAUCAAACAAAUUCCAUAUUGAAUAGAGUGAACUCAAAGAGAAGUACAGCAUCAACAAAAUCAAACGAUAAAUCAUCAAGAUCUCACUCAAUUUUUAUAUUUGAAAUAAAUGGUCAUAAUACAAAAACAAACGCAACUACAAGUGGUACACUUAAUCUAAUAGACUUAGCAGGAUCUGAAAGAAUCAGUCAAUCCCAGGUGGAAGGUGAAAGAUUGAAAGAAACCCAAUUUAUAAAUAAAUCAUUAUCUUCUUUAGGUGACGUUAUAUCAAGUUUAAAAUCUAAGAAUUCAAAUACAAGUAAUCAACAUAUUCCAUUCAGGAAUUCAAAAUUAACUUAUUUAUUAAAACACAGUCUUAGUGGUAAUUCUAAAACUUUGAUGUUUGUUAAUAUUUCUCCUUUAUUAGUUAAUUUAAAUGAGACCUUGAAUUCAUUGAGAUUUGCUACAAAAGUAAAUAAUACAAAAUUAACUUGA